AAAAAGAAAAAUUAGUAGUCAAGAUUUGGAGAAAUUCGUCUCGAUUGGAGCCAUGCAGUGUCGGAAAUGGUUGCUGAGUUUUCAAUGUCAUCAGACCAAGGUUCUUCGUCCUUUUCGUUCUUUGUGUAUGGAGGCACACUUCUCUGAAAGACAAACUUAUACAGAUAUUCUGCGCCUUUCAUACACUGAGAUUCCAGAAAAGCGCCCAACUUCAGUAUCCAAUUCUAAGCCUCCUGUUAUCUUCCUCCACGGAGUAUUGGCCUCAGGGACUACGUACCAUUCAGUACUUGCAAGGGAUAAUUUUGUUCCAGACCGUAGAGUGUAUGCUCUUGACCUCCGAAACCACGGAUCCAGUCCUCAUUCUUCGGUUAUGAACUAUAAAGUGUUCGCUGAAGACGUAAUUCGUUUUUUGAAGGAUCAUGGCAUUUCAAGAAGCGUCAUAAUUGGUCAUAGUAUGGGAGGAAAGGUUGGAAUGAAAGUUGCCUUGGAAUAUCCACAACUAGUAUCAGAACUCGUUGUGGUUGAUUUAGCUCCCAUCGACUAUAGCGAUCCGGUUUUUGUGAAAAAUUUGCCGACAGACGCAAUCGUUGCAAUGUCCAAAGUAAACCCGGAGAGUUGUACUGAACGUUGGCAGGUGGACGAUUUGCUGAAACAAAAUGGAGUUCAGAAUAAGCGUGUGAGAGACUUCAUUUUAGAAAAUUUGAUAGCUCAUGACGUCUAUCCUGGUCACUUCAAGUGGCGUGUGAAUGUUUCUGCUCUCUUGAAGUCCAUGGAUAAGAUUCUUGAAUCUCCAGUAAAAAUUGGCCAAGUAUAUAAUGGACCUACUCUGUUUAUCCGAGGGGAGAGAUCCAUUUACGUGAUGAAUUCAGCGGCUGAGAAAGCUAUUCGGGAUUUCUUCCCCAACGCUAUUAUAGAAACCAUUGCAGGAGCAGGACAUUGGUUAACAGCUGAAGAACCAGAAAAAUUUUGUACAGUAGUGAACAACUUUUUAUAUAAUACCAACUUGAAAAUUAACUGAAAUCUGUUUGUGAAGCUAUUCGAUUCUCUGGGCGAAUUUCACAUCCAGGACAGUUAUUGAGUCCAUCAUGAAUAAAUAUAUCGCAAAUGCC